GGAGGCGGGGAAGCUGCUUUGCUGGUGAGCGAGGAAUACCUUGCUUCGCGUCCAGCAGGGACGGCCUCUGUGCCGAGGUGGGGCGUAGAGGGCUGCGCAGAAGCACGGAGCGGGUCUAGUGCGGAGCCGCGAAGGCGAAGCCGCGCGGGAGGCUCGGCGCUCCCGGAAGGAGGCUGCACGCCAGGCGCCUCAGCCGCGCGCCGAGCGGUCGAUAGGAGCAGCGCUCCGAGGCUUGGGCUCCUCCCGCCAUUGUGUAGAGGCCAGUAUUCCGCUAUGGAGCAUGCCUUUACCCCGCUGGAGCCCCUGCUUCCCGCUGGAAGUUUGAAGUUCUGCCUUAUGAUUCUUAAUCAGCCUCUGGACAAGUGUUUUCGUCCUCUUUGGGAAAAAGCUCUUUUAAGAGCCUGUGCUGAUGGAGGUGCCAACCGCUUGUAUGAUAUCACCGGAGGAGAGAGAGAAAGGUUUUUGCCUGAAUUCAUCAAUGGAGACUUUGAUUCCAUCAGGCCUGAAGUCCGAGAGUUCUACAGUGUUAAGGGGUGUGAGCUUAUUUCAACUCCAGAUCAGGACCUCACUGACUUUACCAAGUGCCUUAAAGUGCUCAAAAAGAAGAUAGAAGAAAAAGACCUACAGGUGGACGUGAUCGUGACACUGGGAGGCCUUGCUGGGCGUUUUGACCAGAUCAUGGCGUCUGUGAACACCCUGUUCCAAGCCACUCACAUCACGCCUCUGCCAAUUAUCAUGAUCCAAGAGGAGUCUCUCAUCUACCUUCUCCAGCCAGGAAAGCACAGGUUGCACGUGGACACUGGGAUGGAAGGAAGUUGGUGCGGCCUCAUUCCUGUUGGACAGCCAUGCGAUCAUGUGACAACCACAGGCCUGAAGUGGAACCUCAAUCCCUCAGGACCUGAGGACCUGGAUCAGAAACAAAAAACCUGAAUAACUACUAAGUAUGUUUGAGUUGAACCUACAAAUUGGUCAAGCAUGUGUUCGUCAGUCACAACUUCCUUUAUGCCACUUGGGUCAUUUAUUUAAAAAAUCCAUUCCCCAACUUAAAUUCUGGCAGAAUUGACAGAGAUUGUGUACCUUGCCAGCGGAUGGCUGUUUCUGGUCAGACUCGCUGCAGCCCAACUCUGUAAACACUGGAGUUUGAAUUCUGUUCCUUAUGAGACCUUCUUUCCUAGGGAAGUUCGUUUGAAGAAGCACUGUGAAUUAAAAAUAAGAAUCCACACAGUUAUUAUUUAUGGAGCUCAAGAGUGGAAAGUCAUGCUUCCGUAAAACAUGAAAGCCAAGUAAAGCCCGCUGACUUUAAUUAAAUUCAUGGGUUUUGGUAUGUUUUAUACAAACAAAGAAAAAAAUAGGUAGGAUGAAAUUGAGCCAUUUGACAUAAAGAGCCUGAUAAUCUGAGUGGGUAUUUUAACUUACUUGCUCAUUACUCAAAGACACAAAGCUUUGUCAGUUGCCAAAUCACAUUCUUUUCUUCUUUUUUUUAAAGCCUACUUGCUUUUUUUCCCUUUUAAUUUGAAUAUGAAGACAAGACUGGGGCAGAUUUCUCUUAUCUCCUGUAUCAAAAUGUCAGUCUGUCAGAGGAUGAGAGCUUUAGCCAGUGAGACUUGAGUCCAUCAACACACCAACGUCCACAGGAAGGCUUUUGGGUUCCAGCCUACUCUUCUGCUGUCCGGCUUCCACGGUGAACCCUCACAGUUACUUGGCAAAGCUGGAAAUCCAUCUGGGGAAGAAUGAUAAAGAUUGCAGGACCCCAAAGUAUAAAAAUGAAUUGCAAAGCAAAUGCUGUUUUGUUUUGAUUCUUAGGAAAGAUGUUCAUUUGCCUGGAUAUGAAUUUGCUUAGCUUCUGUCAGGUCUAUAUGUAUAUCAUGCUGAAACUCCAUAUUGCUCAAUUUCUUUCCAGAACUUAUUUCAUAGUUUUAGCGUGAAAUUCACAACCCUAAUCAGGUUCUCAAAAUAAAGGACAAUUCAAUCUUCUAGUCCACCUUUCACUAAUAAAACCGUUCAAAAAGUGGAAUGAAGAAUAAAUGAAUGGGUCUUUUUUUCAGCUGUGGUUUUUCCCACUUCCACCAAUUUCAUUUCUGCAAGUUUGCAAGUUUUGUUUUAGCUUUAGCUUAUUAUCAUAGCUGGUCUGUGCAAGAGUAUGCAAAGCCUAGUUCAUAAAACUGUUCCAAAAAACAAUGUGAUCACUUUGAUUUGUUGUAAAGAAAUUACCACCACCUUGCAAAAUAGUGAAGAUGGUGACCGGAGCUCAUGGAACCCAUGUCCUGUGACUUUCCAAGUUCUCUGCAGAACUAAAAGAAGAGAGGGGACAUACGGUAGGCACUGUCUUUUGAUCCCUUUCCUGAAGGUAUGGGUUGCCUUUUUAUUUUUUUUUCCUUUUUUGAAUUUUUCCAAAGACCAAGGACUAUGUACUUUCACGGUUGUAGUGCCUGCUCUGUUACCUGAUCAGCAUUCAUUUAGCACAGAAUUCCCCCAGUCCAACAUUUGGUUUUCAUCUUACGGUGAUUGUUGUUUUCCAUUUAUAUUCAAAAGCAUAAUCUAUCACUUCAUAAAUCAGCUUCUAAGUACACAUGCCUGUUUUCUUAAAAAUAUAAUCCUUUUUUUCUUCAAACAAAUCUACCUGCAUUUCUCCACCCCAAUCCUAUCCCCAUCCCCUUCUGGUUUCUCCAGGGGAAGCUCUUUUUACUGUGGGCAGGACAGGUGGGCCAACAAACCCUUGUAGCUGCUUUUUAAUUUUCUUUUUAAGUCUUAUCUACUCCCGCCUCGCCUAGGAAUAAAAAUGCAGUGACUGCAACCUCAUUCUUUCAAAGGUUCUUUUAAAGAAUUCAGAAAUAUGACUAUCAAAGGAUAUUGAGAAGACUAGCAUAAUGUAAGGCAAAUGAAGAACGACUUCGGGAAGGAGGCAGAGACAAUGAGGAGCUUGAGUGGAGCAAGAAGUCAAGAAGGGAAAGUCCACCUUGGAUGGAGCUUUCCUGCAGGCCCCACAUGUCUGUGUUUCUGUGAAUGUGAAGCUUCUUUGAAUUAUUCCUUGGUUGCUGUUUGCAGCCUCACAUUGAAGUAGGAAAAGCAAAUGGGGCAGUUAAACUCUCAUUCCAAACUGGAACGGCCCCGGAUUGAUUGGUAGUAAGGGCCAGGUGGCUGAAGAGGCAGGGCAGUGCUUUAUUUCUUAUUGACCAGGAGUGUGUCUGUCCAAUUAGUCUGUGCCGAGCCCAGAAGCAGCUGGUGCACACGCUGGAGCGAUGCAGCAACCCAGGUUUUGUGCUCCUCCAGAAGCCAGAAGACUCCUGCCCCAAUUCAUCACCCCUGAGUUGUCAAUUAUUUUCCAAACUCUGCUGCUGUCCAUUCACUCAUUCUGACAUUUCAGUUCAAGUCAAAAAACCAGCCCUUAUGCACACCUCUGGGAAUCGUAAAAGACUCAAAAAUUAAUAACAUCGAACUAUCCACAGGGCUUCAAAUUAAAUGAUGGAUAGACUUUCAUGUGUGUGUAUAAGAAUGUAUAUUUUAUGGUUUCUUCAAGCCAAACAUAAAAUAAGACUAAAACAAAACACAUGGGUACAAUAAAACUAAUUUAAAAAUAAAAACAGAUUGGGCAAAACCAUCUAUCUGCUAUCCACAGGAGAUCCAUUUAAAGCAAAAUGACACAAAAAGGUUAAACAUACUAGAAACACUAAUAAAGAAUAAAGUUGCUCUGAUUUUUAUUACUCAAAGCUAAAUUCACAAUGAACUCAUCAGAGAGAUGAAUGAGGAAUUUAUGCUGAAGAACAUAAUGAAGACAAAACUAUGUGUCUCCAGAUACUAUCACAGCAAGAUCCAUAAAGUGUAAGUUACAGAAAAGUCAAAGAAGAAACUGACAAACACAAUAGUGAUUACAGGCUUUAAUUAACCUCCAGCAGCCCACAGUAGAUUAAGAAAAGUAAAUCAAACAGUGCAGAAGAUUUGAAUUACAAUUAAUAAAUAUUACAUAAUAAAGCUAACUAAAUUGACAAAUAAAUACAUGCUUACGUGCAUAUAUGUGAAAGGCAAACACUACCUAUGCCUUUCCUCUAUUCCUCCCAACAUUGUAAAUUUUUGAUGUCAUAUUUUCUUUCUAUAGUGCCUCUAUUUUAAGAUAUUAAUAUAGUUAUUAUUUUGCUUUUUAGUCUUCAUUCUAAAGAUAUAAAUGGUUUCUGUAGCAUGUUUACUAUAUUAGAGCCUUCUGCAUGUGUCUGUGUAGGUACUGUUUCCAGUGAACUGUACACUGUUUGAUGUUUUCUUCACACUCAAUAGUAUCCCUCAGUUUGGAGAAAUCCCUUUACCAUUUCUUGCAGGACUGGUCAGGUUGUGAUAGAUUUUCUUAGCUUUUGCUUGGCAAUAUCUUUAAAUUUUUCAUUUCUAAAGAAUACUGUUGCUGGGGAUGGUAUUCCUUAUUAGUAGUUUUUUGUUUUGUUUUGUUUUUGCAUUUGUUUUUCUCAUUCUGCACAAAAUUUUAUCCCACGCCUCCUAGCCUGCAGUGUUCAUCCUGAGAAAACUUUUGCGCGGUUUGGAAUACUUCUAUUUAUUAUUUAUUUUCUCUCGAUGCUUCAAAAACAGUUUGUCUUUAAUUUUUGAAUAUUUGAUUCAUAAUAAUAUGUCUUGGGAUAGACUUGUUUGAGUUAACAAUUACUGGUGACCUUUGACAUUCCUGUACCUUAAUAGUGGUAUCCUUCUCUGAGUUUGGGAAAUUUUCUGUUAUUAUCUCUUUGAAUAAGCUUUCUUCAUCUUUGGCAUCCUCAAGUCCCUCUUGAAUCACAGUCACCCAAAUAUAUGUUCUUUUAGUGGCAUCUCAAAGUUCCUAUAAGAAUUCUUUCAUUCUUCUUCAUUCUA